ACUCGGGAGAGCCAGCGGAGUUGGGCGCUGCUCUUCCUAGGCCUGUGCGCGUUCCUUGACGCUACUGAAAGCCCAGAUCUCGUCUCUCAGGCAGGAUAACCUCUCCUACCCGCAGCCGCAGAGGCCCCCUCGCCCUGCGCCCUCCGGGUUCCUGCGCUGCGGCCCGCGUUCCACCUCCGCUCCCUCUUUGCGGGACCGGCGCGGAGAGGGAGAGGGAGGAGAACCCGCGCUCGAGUCCCGGGCACUGCGCAGCGCGAGGUGCAGGAUGGAGAGCAAGGCGCUACUGACCCUCGCCCUGUGGUUCUGUGUGGAGACCGGGGCCACCUCUGUGGGUUUGCCUAGUGUUGCCCUUGAUCCACCCAGCCUCAGCAUACAAAAGAAUAUACUUGCAAUUAUGGCCAAUACAACUCUUCACAUUACUUGCAGGGGGCAGCGGGACUUAGACUGGCUAUGGCCCAACAAUCAGAGUGGUUCUGAGGAAAGGGUGGAGGUGACGGAGUGCAGUGAUGAUUUAUUUUGCAAGACACUCAGGAUUCCAAAAGUGAUAGGAAAUGAUACUGGAGCUUACAAGUGCUUCUACCGAGACACCAACGUGACCUCAGUUGUUUACGUCUACGUUCAAGAUUACAGAUCACCCUUCAUUGCUUCUGUUAGUGAUGAGCAUGACGUUGUGUACAUUACUGAGAACAAAAAUAAAAGUGUGGUGGUUCCAUGUCGUGGGUCCAUUUCAAACCUCAACGUGUCACUUUAUGCAAGGUACCCUGAAAGGAGGUUUGUUCCUGAUGGAAACAGAAUUUUCUGGGACAGUGAGAAAGGCUUUACUAUUCCCGGCUACAUGAUCAGCUAUGCUGCCAUGGUCAUUUGUGAAGCAAAAAUUAAUGAUGAAAAUUACCAGUCGAUUGUGUACAUAGUUGUGGUUGUAGGGUAUAAGAUUUAUGAUGUGGUUCUGAGCCCUCCUCAUGGAAUUGAGCUAUCUGUUGGAGAGAAGCUUGUCUUAAAUUGUACAGCAAAAACUGAGCUAAACGUGGGGCUUGUCUUCAGCUGGCAGUGCCCUUCUUUGAAGAUGUUCUUUGGAAAAGAAAGUGAGGUAAAAUCAAAGUCAGCUUGGCCAGUCCCACCCCAGAUUGGCGAGAAGGCCCUGAUCUCGCCCAUGGAUUCCUACCAGUAUGGUACCACACAGACGCUGACAUGCACUGUCUAUGCCAACCCUCCCCUGCAUCACAUCCACUGGUACUGGCAGUUGGAGGAAGAGUGCUCCUACGAGCCCAGCCAAGCUGUCUUAACAGCAAACCCAUAUAUUUGUAAAGAAUGGAGAACUGUGGAGGAUUUCCAGGGGGGGAAUAAAAUUGAAGUCAACAAAAAUCAAUAUGCCCUAAUUGAAGGAAGAAACAAAACUGUAAGUACUCUUGUCAUCCAAGCUGCAAAUGUGUCAGCUUUAUACAAAUGUGAAGCCGUCAACAAAGCUGGGAGAGGAGAGAGGGUUAUAUCCUUCCAUGUGACCAAGGGUCCUGAAAUUACUUUGCAACCUACCACCCAGCCAACUGAGCAGGAAAGUGUGUCUCUGUGGUGUCACGCAGACAGAGCAACACUGGAGAGCCUCACAUGGUAUAAGGUUGGCCCACAGCCUCCAUUGGUCCACAUGGAAGAGCAGCUUACACCUAUUUGCAAGAACUUGGAUGCUCUUUGGAAACUGAAUGCCACCAUGUUCUCUAAUAGCACGAAUGACAUUUUGGUCAUGGAGUUCCAGAAUGUGUCCUUGCAGGAUCAAGGAGAAUAUGUCUGCUCUGCUCAAGACAGGAAAACCAAGAAAAAACAUUGCAUGGUCUGGCAGCUCACAGUCCUAGAGCGCAUGGCACCUGUGAUCACAGGAAACCUUGAGAAUCAGACGACAAGUAUUGGCGAAACCAUCGAAGUUGCCUGCACAGCAUUUGGGAACCCCCCUCCACAGAUUACCUGGUUUAAAGAUAAUGAGACACUUGUGGAAGACUCAGGCAUUGUACUGAAAGAUGGGAACCAGAACCUAACCAUCCGCAGAGUGAGGAAAGAGGAUGAAGGCCUCUAUACCUGCCAGGCCUGCAAUGUUCUUGGAUGUUCAAGAGUGGAGACAUUUUUCAUCAUAGAAGGUGCCCAGGCAAAGACCAGCUUGGAAGUCAUUAUUCUAGUAGGCACUGCGGUGAUUGCCAUGUUCUUCUGGCUACUUCUUGUCAUCAUUCUACGGACCGUUAAGCGGGCCAGUGAAGGAGAACUGAAGACAGGCUACUUGUCCAUUGUCAUGGAUUCCGAUGAACUGCCCCUGGAUGAACACUGUGAACGCUUGCCUUAUGAUGCCAACAAAUGGGAAUUCCCCAGAGACCGGCUGAAACUAGGUAAACCUCUUGGCCGUGGUGCCUUUGGCCAAGUGAUUGAGGCAGAUGCUUUUGGAAUUGACAAGACAGCAACUUGCAAGACAGUGGCUGUCAAAAUGUUGAAAGAAGGAGCAACACACAGUGAACACCGAGCUCUCAUGUCUGAACUCAAGAUCCUCAUUCAUAUUGGCCACCAUCUCAAUGUGGUCAACCUUCUAGGUGCCUGUACCAAGCCAGGAGGGCCUCUCAUGGUGAUUGUGGAAUUCUGCAAAUUUGGGAACCUAUCAACUUAUCUACGGGGCAAGAGAAAUGAAUUUGUCCCCUACAAGACCAAAGGGGCACGGUUCCGUCAAGGGAAAGACUAUGUUGGAGAAAUCUCUGUGGAUCUGAAACGCCGUUUGGACAGUAUCACCAGUAGCCAGAGCUCAGCCAGCUCUGGGUUUGUUGAAGAGAAGUCCCUCAGUGAUGUGGAGGAAGAAGAAGCUUCUGAAGAGCUGUACAAGGACUUUCUGACCUUGGAACAUCUCAUCUGCUACAGCUUCCAAGUGGCUAAGGGCAUGGAGUUCUUGGCAUCACGUAAGUGUAUCCACAGGGACCUGGCAGCACGAAAUAUCCUCUUGUCGGAGAAGAACGUGGUCAAAAUCUGUGACUUUGGCUUGGCCCGAGACAUCUAUAAGGAUCCAGAUUAUGUUAGAAAAGGAGAUGCCCGCCUCCCUUUGAAAUGGAUGGCCCCAGAAACAAUUUUUGACAGAGUGUACACAAUUCAGAGUGAUGUGUGGUCUUUUGGUGUUUUGCUGUGGGAAAUAUUUUCCUUAGGUGCUUCCCCAUAUCCUGGGGUAAAGAUUGAUGAAGAAUUUUGCAGGCGAUUAAAAGAAGGAACUAGAAUGCGGGCCCCUGAUUAUACCACACCAGAAAUGUACCAGACUAUGCUUGAUUGCUGGCAUGAGGAGCCCAGUCAGAGACCCACGUUUUCUGAGUUGGUGGAACACUUGGGAAAUCUUCUACAGGCUAAUGCUCAGCAGGAUGGCAAAGACUACAUUGUUCUUCCAAUAUCAGAGACUUUGAGCAUGGAAGAGGAUUCUGGACUCUCUCUGCCUACUUCACCUGUUUCCUGUAUGGAGGAAGAGGAAGUAUGCGACCCCAAAUUCCAUUAUGACAACACAGCAGGAAUCAGUCAGUAUCUGCAGAACAAUAAGCGAAAGAGCCGGCCAGUGAGUGUAAAAACAUUUGAAGAUAUCCCAUUGGAAGAACCAGAAGUAAAAGUAAUCCCAGAUGACAACCAGACGGACAGUGGUAUGGUUCUUGCAUCAGAAGAGCUGAAAACUUUGGAAGACAGAACCAAAUUAGCUCCAUCUUUCAGCGGAAUGAAGCCCAGCAAAAGCAGGGAGUCCGUGGCAUCUGAAGGCUCCAACCAGACCAGCGGCUACCAGUCGGGGUAUCACUCAGAUGACACAGACACCACUGUGUACUCCAGUGAGGAGGCAGAACUUUUAAAGCUGGUAGAGGCUACACAACAGCCUGACUCUGGGACUGUGUUAAGCUCUCCUCCUGCUUAAAAGGAGAUACCCACACACCCUACUCCUGGAAAUCACAUGAGAGGUGCUGCUCAGAUUUUCAAGUGUUGUUCUUUCCACCACCAGGAAGUAGCCACAUUUGAUUUUCAUUUCAGAAAAAGAACCUCAGACUACAGGGAGCCAGUCCUCCAGGCAUUUCCUGAGAAGAUGCUUGUGACCCAAGAAUGUGUUUGUGUCUUCUCCCAGUGUUAACCUUACUCUUUUUUCAUUCGUUAAGAAAGCCUGUAUAAUGUGCCCUCCUGUGGGUCCCACCAUGGGUUAGAACAAAAGACAUUGAAGAAAUGGCUCCUUUCCCAAAGAACUAGCCAUACCUGGGGAGUGGACACCUCUGUAAGACAAGAAGGUGAACUGGGCAAUGUAAGUGCUUGAGGUGUUGCAGAUGGGAGGGUAUAGGGCUGAGUCCACCUAAGAGGCUCUGGUGAGGAUGUGGUGGCGAACAAGUCUCAAGUGUGGGAUCUGGAGUGAUAGAAAGGAAGGCGCAAGCUUGCUUGGAGAGGGCACCGGAGCCUGCAGAUGCAUUGUGCUGCUGGCUCCGGAGAGGUGGGCAUGUGGCCUGUUAGGAAAUGUAAAGACUGCAGACGCUGUUUCUGGUUUUAGAAGGUUGCGUGCUCUUUGCAUUGGGCUAAAGUCGAGUUCCUUGGGGUGUUUCCGACUCCUAAUGAGAGUUCCUUCCGGACCCUUACAUGUCUCCUGGCCGAGCCCCAGGAAGGAAAUGAUGCAGCUCUGGCUCCUUGUCUCCCAGGCUGUCCUUUAUUCAGAACACCACAAAGAAAGGACAUUCAGCCCGAGGCUCCCUGUCGUGUUGCAGAGUUCUGACUGUCCACAUGAGCUUCUGGUUUCUUCUGGAUGAAUACUCACGUAUCUGUCCUGGUGGGAUGUGUCUGAGACUGAAAGCAGUAGUGCAGUAUCAUGCUGUGGUAGCACAACUUCAGGAAGGAUUAUACCUUUUUCUUCCUCCCCUCACCACCAACCCACUCUCACCCCUAACCCAGGUCAGUGUUGCAGUUAUUCAGCCUUCUGCACUCCAGAAAACAUGAUUUGGUCUGUUUACUUUCUGAAUAUUAACCAGGUUUAAAAAUUACCUUAUAGCCUAAGUAAUAACAACGCCUAUUGUAUUAUUUAGACUUUUAACAUAUAAAGCUAUUUCUACUGGUUUUUACCCUGGUUUUCUCCUUUUUUCAAAAAAGAAAAUGUAUUUUUCAAUUGGUACCAUAGUGUGAGAUGCUGGGAACAAUGACUAUAAAACAUGCUAUGGCACAUAUAUUUAUAGUCUGUUAUGUAGAACAAAUGUAAUAUAUUAAAACCUUAUAUUAUGUAUAAUGAACUUUGUACUAUUCACAAUUUGUAUCAGUAUUAUGUAGCAUAACAAAGGUUGUAAUGCUUUCAGCAGUUGAUGUCAUUUUAUUUAAAAAGUUGAAAAAGGAAGGAAUCUUUGAACAAGAUUGUAUUACUAUAUCAGUUCCCUCAUUACUAAAAUGGAGGAGGAGGAAUCAGAUAUAAUUAUGGUUGAUCUUCAUUUUUACUUGUUCCCUUAUUUCUUCUUAUAAAGAAUGUUUUCAUAAAAUGCUUAUAUACUUUAUAAACCAAUAAAGGUAUUCAGAGUAAAAAAUA